AUGAACUCGAAAAUCGGAAAAGCCGUCAACACCUUCAUCAACAUCCUGCUCAAAGUAUUGAAGGACAAGGGACGACUAGAGGCCCAUAUCGAUAUCCAGAUUCAGGAAAACAUCCCAACUGCGGAAAACUAUAUCGCCCUCAACGAGCUCAUACCGAACAGCUGGCGACUCGCCCCCAUCACCUCACUGCCCAAGAAGAACUACAAGCACUGCAUGCAAUGGUGGAAGGCGAGGAUGAGGCUAGCCUUGUUCUGGAAGGUGAGGACUUUGAUUCUGGAGACCAAUAGGGGCUGGAGCAUGCCACUGGAACAGAAGCUCCUGCAGAGCCCCUCAUAA